GGGCGCUAGUUGCCAUGGUAUCGGACGCUCAGCUCCUUUCUUGCGGCGCUCCUCGACUCCCUAGUGGAGCCGAGGCAGGAGCCUCCGCGCCCAGCCAUGAGCAGCCUGUCCGUCGGGCGGAAGCUCAGCCUGUCCCCGCACAUCCUAGAGCUCCUGGCGCUGCCCUGCUGCCUGGAGGAGCUGGAGGCCGACUGCCGGCCUUCCAUUUCAGAUGACUUAAAAGUAGGCUAUUUUAUCACAGAUCAUGCCACUCAAACAGAUAUAAAAGAAAUAGUAGAACUAAAGGAGCUUACUACUACUACACAAGCCCUAGUACAGUUCACGGACUCCAUCCAGGAAGAUUUUAUGAUCUAUAAAAAUAUCCUUCAAGCACAAUAUGAGGAAAAAAUACAAGAGCAGGCUUCGAAUCUCUGUAGACAGAUAAAUGACAGACUGAGAGACAUAGAAGCUUUUCAUAAACAGAAAGAAGUCAAAAUUCGACAAAGCUAUCAACAGCAGCUAUGUGAUGCACUUGCUGUUCUCAGGGUAGAUUAUGAGAAAAAUUAUCGCAUACAGGAAGAUACAGAUUCCUCAUUAGCAGCGAGUUGGCAGGUUUUGAUUAAGACGCUCCAGGAGAAAGAGUCUAAAAUUCAAAAAUUAGAAGCAGAAUUACAAGAAUAUCAGGAAAAUGAAGAUACAAAAAUGGUUAUUUUUGACAACGAUGAUGACAAUGAAAAAAAUAUGCUCGAAAAAGAAAAUGAGGAUUUCAGAGAAGAGGUUUCUAGACUACUUGAUAGGAUUUCACAUCUUGAAGAGUCUCUGAAACGCAGUGAAAAAGAAAAUAAUAAAUUAGAUAAGGAGGUUCGAGGUAUGCAAUUAAAAAUGGAAAAAGAUGAGAAAACUGUUCAAAAGUUAAUUGAAGCUCAAGAAAAAAUAAAGAUGGAACUUGAAAAGGAGAGGUCAUUAAAUCAAAGUGUGCUCAAAGAACAAAAAGACAUUGAAACAAAAGUGGAAAAGAAGUUAUCUGAUCUAAAGGAAAAGAUUCCAGCAUUGAAAGAAAAAGAUACAAAGAAAAAGAAGGAGACAGUGAAAAGUGGAAGUGAAAUUACAGUGCCUCAUGAGAGCAGAGAAUCACAAAAGGGAUAUCACAAGCAGCAACAGAAGAAGAGUCCUAGUUAUAAGGAAGCAGAAAAAAGAGCAUUACUUGCUGAAAUUGAGAAGCUGAAGAUAUCUGAAGAUCAAGAGAAGCAACACAUACAAAGGUAUUGGUCAGAAUUUUUAAGACAUUCAUUUAACUCUAUAAAUAUUUUAACAUUUUGUGGGUUUUUUUAUUUCAGUCUUAAAAACGAAGUUGAACAAAUUAACCGAAGCUGGGCAAAGAAAUUCCAAAUUCUAAAGAAAAGCCUGCAUGCCAUUAAGGAUGAGAUGUUUCUUAGACAUACUUUGUACCGUCAGGCAGCAGCAUUUAACCAUGCAUCCCUCAAUCAACCUUAUGCUGUUCCUCUCUAUAUUGAAACUGGUGCAAGACAAAUAAAUGAACGAAGGGGUGGUUUAUAUUUCCCUUUUUCACCAUUGCCCCAGAUACGUUCCGAGUCUACUGCAGCGAUGGAAGAAACAGAUCUUAAUAUUGUAAAAAUUCCAACUGGAACAGAAAUGUGCUGUUUGUAUGAAGAUGUUUCUGGGGAUGAAGAAUUUGUUGGGGGUCCUCCUUUCCCUUCACCUCCGUCCACGUUGACUUAACAGUUGGAGCAGUGCCUUCUGUGGGGAGAGACAGAGAGAGAGAGAGAGCAGGAUCGCAAGGAAAUAAAUGCCCAUAGGUCUUCAUAUGGUCCCGGCAAUGUUUCUAUGUGUUGCCUCGCUAGGAAGCUGUGAAUACUUUGAUUCUCCAAAGUAAGGUAGUGUAUAUUUGAAGUUAAUGACAGGAAUUUAAAGACGCAGCUCUCCCACCUGCACGCUUUCCUUUCUUGAAGUUCUAGGUGAUUAUCAGAAUGGGGAUAUGAACGUGUAUCCGAUGACAUUUCCAUCUUGGUUCCAUAUUUGUUCCAUGCAUGGCCUGAUUCGCAGUUCUACUUUUUUUUUUAAGACAAAGUUUUAUUCUGAGUGAAGACUGAACUUCAAUCAAAUACACCACCAGCCUUGUUUAGAAACCCCUAAAUUACACCACAUGAAUGUUAAGUACCUUGCUUUAACUGAUUUUGAUUUAAGAGCAAGCAUGAACGGCUGGAAGUACAAGGCUUUGAUUGCAAGCUUUUGAACCAUAAACAGAGCCCGAUCUUGAAGCCUGUACGUCAGUAGCUCCGUCGACUUUAAUAAAACUUACAGAGAGAAGAAAGACUGCAUGAUUUGGCCCUUAGAUUCUGCCUAGACCAAUAGCAGGAGUGAGUCUAGUGGCAUUGAUGUUUUAUGUGCUAUUGAUUCAUAUUUUCUUUUUCUUAUUCAUUGACAUCUCUAUUUUCAACGCUAUCCAAGGGGACUUAAAUUAUACAAAUUAAAACAUUUCCAUAGUUACCAUGAACUGGUAGUUUGAGAAAUUACAAGUUAUCAGCCAAUAGUCUAAGCAUAUUUGUGUGUGUAUCAUAGUUGUGUGUUUAAGUUGUUGUAUAAAUAUAUAAUAUUGUGUUUUAAAAUACUGACCAAUAAAUGUAAAAGCGCUAAUUUCCUAAA